CUUUCCACCAUGCCGAUCUCUUCAACCCUCUACAACACGUUCUUCAGACGGAACAGCGUGUUCGUAUCAUCCGUGUUUGUAGGCGCAUUCGCAUUCACCAUGGCGUUCGACACCGGUAUCAACGCGUUCUGGGAUCGUUGGAACCAGGGCAAACAAUGGAAAGACAUCCGUCACAAAUACGUACAGCCAGCCGAGGAAGAAGAUUAGAUCUGUUGUCUAAGCAAGUCCCUGCUACCAGCUGCGAGUCUGGGACUGCGUUUAUUCAGCGUCAACCAUCAUGGUGUAUAUCUCAAUUUAGAUCGACUUCGCACGUAAUAAAACCGGGGGGACAAAAGUCCUCUUUAAUUUCUCG